UCAAAAACGUUUCAAUUUGUAUAAAAAUUCCGAGCAGUCUGAGAAAAUCUUAAAAUUUAUAUAGAAAUGCUGAGACAUUUAUCUAUCAGAGUAUCCAAAUUCCAAUUUAAAUGAAAGACACGUCGGCUCUCUACUUUGAAGAUCAUAUUACAUCGUUUAUAAUUUCAUCUUAAAUUUUUCUCUCUUUAUUCCAUUAAAAAUUCCAUUUCUUCCUCGAACAUUUUAUCAAUUUUCCUCAAUAUUUUGACAAUGUAUUGCUUUGUACGUACAUACAAUACAAAUCUCUCAAUAUUUAACCGUUCGGCCGUCCUUUCGUCAUGGCCUUGUGUCUUACACAUCCCUCAUUCAAGCAUGGGUCCAUGGUCGCUGUUGCGGGGGAGACGCAGGUAGAAAAUGCCUACCGCGUGGUCCAGUGUCCAGUGCGGUUGGGAUUUAAAAACACACUCAGCAAAUCACGUCGCAGAUAGUAUCCGACCGGCGAACGGGACGGACGGAGGCAGUAGGCAUACCUGAGGGACUAUAAGGACAACGCACUGGGGCGAACGUUAAGUGAAAGCACAGUUUAAAUGCAGUCGCCACGCUACACGCUUCUCCCGAAAGUUUUCGAUCGCGAUAUUCCUGGUACGUAACAGCAAUUGCGUUUCAAUAACAUCAAUUAAUAUUGCGCACAAUUAUAUUAAUCCCAAAAUCACGAUUUUUCAGAAAAUAGAUCCACAAUAUUCGAUUCUUUUACCGUUUGAUUCUCUUCGCUUCCAGAAUGUACGCCAGGACGUUUUUCAAAGAACAAAGCACAAAUUUUGAUUAUUGUGGUAAUUUCUUGGAUUUCUGGCAUCCUUUUCGUGGAUCUGUUAUAAUUGGAUAGGUAAAGAGUCACGUUGGUAUUUUGAUACAGUAAUUUUCUUUCAUAUUUAGACAAAUGAGCGUUUGACAUAACAAAUUUCGACGGGGUCUUAUUCCGGGAGAGAUUAAGAGAUUAAUUGGAUAAGAGAUCUUAUUCUCUUAAUCUAAUGGAAGGGUCCAAAGAGAUAUUGACGAUGUCGGCCAUGAAUCCAAUCCUGUACAGAGUCGAGACGUACAUCCUGCCCGAGGCGGAGAAUUUGGAGGUGAUUAAUCAGAUCCAAAAUCGGGAGAUCGCGAAACAGUUUAAUACUAACAAGAGCGAAAACACAUCCGGGAAUAACACGGAAUGCGAGAAAGAUGCGUUGCUCGCUUCGUACAACAAACGCGAGGAAUUCGCGCGGUUCUCCGCCGAGAACGGUAAAUUGAUCGGUUUAAUAAAAAUCGUGAAAGGCACAACGAACGAGACUGAGACGCCACUCGACGAACGUUACGACGACGACAUCGUUAAACAUUAUAAAAAUGAUCGUUCUUGUUGUUCUAAGGAGCACCUGUCUGUACAAAAAACGGAGUAUCAAUCGUCGGUUGGACCGGAGGAGUCGUUGUAUCCUGUGAGAUAUUUCAGACGGAUCAACAGCUUGAUAUCGAUCGACGAGAGAAGCGAAAACUCUUUGGACACCAAGGUGAGCGAUUACUGUCGUCACGGUUACAAGAACGGCUGCACCUCGUCGGUUUCAUCGCCCGAGGAAAUCAGCGAUGAGAUCUUUAAAGGGAAUUGGCUGCAGAAAAUCGAGGUCCUGAAAGAUCGCGAGACCAUGCUGCGAGAGAGGGAGAUGAAUCUGCAAAAGAGAGAAAGGGAGCUGUUUAGGAAAGAGAAGAAGCUGAGGAUCGCGGAGAGAAUACUUAAUGAUAAAAUGAGACAAGUGGACGAGCUGUUAAAACUGCAAAUAAACCCGCUGGUGGAUAGAAGGCUGGAGGAAGCGGCACGAAUUUUAUCCGAUAUCGAGAAAUCCGGCGAUAAUCUUUCGGAAUACAAAAUUCCAAAGAAAGAUGUCACGAGGAAAGAAGAUAUCUCGAAAAAGGAAGAAAUUCCAGAGAAAGAAGAUAUUUCGAAAAAGGAAGAAAUUCCAAGGAAAGAUGUCACGAGGAACGAAUAUAUCUCGAAAAAGGAAGAAAUUCCAAAGAAAGAAGAUAUUUCGAAAAAGGGAGAAAUUCCAAGGAAAGAUGUCACGAAGAAAGAAGAUAUUUUGAAAAGGGAAGAGGUUGCGAGGAAAGAAGAGGUUCCGAGAAAAGUGGAGAUUCCGAGAAGAGUGGAGAUCCCAAAAAAUCCUCAAGUUAAUCCCAUCUUCGACCAAAGGCACAGGAGGGAAGAAUCUAAUAAAAAAACAAUACAUCCGAUGCGUUCAAAUUCGUCAUCGAGGAAAUCCUCUGUUUCGAGGACUCAUUCGUAUGCUUCCGUAAGGUACAGAGAACGACCUAGGAUGAAUUACGACGACUUAAACUCAACGUUGUCAGCCGCCAGCCAAGAUUCACCCAAAUUACGAACGUCGCAGUGGUUUGAUCCGGCGCUUUACCAGAAGCCGCAUGUAUUCCAGAGGUCGGCGAGCGAGCGACACCCCAGGCACAAGGAUACCACGGGCAAUACCAUGGGCAAGCUGCAAAAAGUAGUCGAGGAGAGACUCGAUCCCGUGAUCGAAGAGGAGAAAAUCUUUCGGAAAGUCAGUGACAAUAUAUGCGCUUUGCAGAAGAACGAAGCGGGGUUCCAGAAUUACGGACUCGUGGAUCGCAUUCCGAGCAUCCCAUCGAGCAAGACGGAACGUAGUUGUGACAACGAAAACAGGUUGUCCUCGUAUCUCGAUCUAGAAAUCGGCAGCAAGAGACAUAGCCGUCAAAAUCUGUCCAGCGCUUCCAAGGAUAGGCCGGUCUCCUGGACCAGCGAAACGAACGAGGAGCUGCAAAAGAAACGCCAAGCGUAUGAUUCGAUGACCAAGCAAUCGGCAGAGACCAAACAAUCGACUGAGAACAAGGAGAACGUCGCGUGCCAUACGACGAAUAAAAUUCAGAAGAAGAAGUCGAAAAAAUUCUUCCUAUUUCGUUAACACGUUAGUACUAUUAAUAAUACAAUAGUGUCUAAAACGAAAAUCUGAUAACUUGAGGAAUAGUUUUAUAUAUUAUUUCGAGUUUACAAGGAUUUCUGGACACUCGUGACGAUCUCAGUUUAACACUGCGCGGACACCGUGGGCCUUUUAAGGCACAGUCGAUUUUUCGUAUUUUACAGUUUUCUCCUGACAUUUCAACGCUAAUAAAAAAUUUCAAAAAUUGUUCCAGCCUUAUAUAA